UCUUCCCGCUUCCUCUCACGCUUCUCUUCGGUUCCUUUGAAACCCUAACGAAAAAUACCAACCUUGACGCCGGAGAUCUCCGCCCCGAGAUCUCCGUUCCCAUGGCCUCAAUCUGAUACUCUCCAGUCGUCUCCUCCAUCUCAGAAGAAACCCUAACAAUGGAGAGGGAUCGCUCCUCCGGCGACUCCUCCUCCGACGAGGAGGAGGAACGCGGGGCCCUCGUCCCCCAAAACGAGGUCAAACCCCGCUGCCGCUUUGCGGCUUUCGAGAUCGGCGACCUCCCCGCCCGGAUCCGCCGCGGUUUCUGGACCCGCAAGUGCUACCUCCUUGCCAUCUGCCUCCCCCUCGUCAUCAUCCUCCUCUUCUUCUCUCUCGACCUCGGCAGCCUCUUCCGUGGCGUCUCCAUCAUACGGGCCGACUCCACCGGCGACCGGAUGCGGGAGUCCGAGCUCCAGGCGAUCUAUCUCCUCAGAAACCAGCAAUUAGGUCUUAUGAGACUCUGGAAUCGCACACUCUCCUUCGCACAUUCCAGAUCCGAGGUCUCACCUUCUCCUCCUUCAGCUCCAUUCAACAGCUCCAACUCCACCACUUCAGAUAGAGUCGUCGAUCCGUCGCAGUCCUUGAAUUCGGUCUCGUUCGAGGAGUUCAGAUCGGCAUUGCUAGAGCAGAUCAAGUUGAAUAAACGGAUCCAAAAUACUCUUCUUUCCAAUCAUCGGGUCGGAAACACUUCCUUAGCAUCAUCAGAUGACAAUGUGGACUUCGAUCCAUCGAAUUCUGGAGUUGAUGUGUGUAGGAAAGUGGAGAGACCAACGGAGAGAAGGACGAUUGAGUGGAAGCCACGGAAAGAUCGAUACUUGUUUGCUAUAUGUUUGUCUGGCCAGAUGUCCAACCAUUUGAUCUGUUUGGAGAAGCAUAUGUUCUUCGCCGCACUUCUGGGCCGCACCCUGAUUUUUCCGAGCUCCAAACUUGAUUACCAGUACGACCGGGUGUUGGACAUCGACCACAUUAAUGAGUGCUUCGGUAGAAAGGUUGUGAUCACAUUCGAAGAAUUCCAUGAAAUGAAGAAGAAUAAGAUGAGGAUAGAUAGGUUUGUAUGCUAUAUUGCAUCGCCCCCUUGUUACCUGGAUGAGGAGCAUAUUAAGAGGUUGAAGAAGUUGGGGAUUUCGUUGGGCAAGAUUGAAGCUGCUUGGCCUAAGGACGCCAAGUUGAAGACACAAAAGAAGAGGGUCGUGGAUGAUAUUGUGCCCAAAUUCUCGUCUGACGAUGAGGUUCUUGCUAUUGGGGAUAUGUUCUACGCAGAUGUGGAGGAAGAGUGGGUGAUGCAGCCGGGGGGUCCUCUCGCUCACAAAUGCAAGACAGUGAUCCAACCGAGUCGGCUUAUUAUUCUUACAGCGCAACGCUUCGUGCAGACAUUCUUGGGGAGCAACUAUAUAGCUCUGCAUUUUCGUCGGCAUGGAUUCUUGAAAUUCUGCAAUUUGAAAAAAGAGAGUUGCUUUUAUCCCAUUCCCCAAGCUGCAGAAUGCAUACUACGAGUGGUAGAGAGAGCUAAUGCCCCCGUGAUUUAUCUUUCUACGGAUGCUGCUACGAGUGAAACAAAUCUGCUACAGUCUAUGGUUGCGUUUAAUGAUAAGCCAGUCCCUCUGGUCAAGAGGCCAGAUCAUGCUAGUGCCGAGAAAUGGGAUGCCUUGUUAUAUCGAAAUCACAUUGGUGGAGAUAGUCAGGUAGAGGCCAUGCUGGAUAAAACAAUUUGUGCAUUGUCAAAUGUUUUCAUAGGAGCCUCAGGUUCAACUUUUACUGAGGAUAUCAUUCGACUCCGGAGAGGCUGGGACUCUGCUUCGCAGUGUGAUGAGUACCUUUGCCAGGGAGAGCUGCCUAAUUACAUAGCCGAGCUGCAGUGAGAGGAGAAGUUAUGUGGCAUGCAUCACGCCAUCACAAAUAUAUCCUUUGUUCUUAGUGGUUGCCUGUAUAUUGAUGUGUAAAGUAUGUGUAAGAGUAUUUUGAUCCCAAUGACCUCGAUUCAUUUAGCAGACUGCCAAUUGAAUGUUCUGUUACAGUAGUGUAAUAGAAAUAUAUGAUUUCCUUCUAUCAAAAGCCUUGCCAUUUCAGGCAGUGGGCAACAACUAUGCCACA